AGAUAAAAACAUCAGUUAGUGAUUUUAUUAAGGUGUAAAGAAUAAUUAAAAAUUUAAAAAUGGUCUCUGGAUUGAUUGUAGACGUUUCUGUGAAAGACAUUCGGUUUCCGACUUCUUUACAAUCUGAUGGAAGUGAUGCAAUGCACACAGAUCCUGAUUACUCCUGUGCUUAUGUAACAAUUAGAUUAAAAGAUGGAAUUGAAGGGUACGGGCUUACGUUUACUUGUGGAAGAGGAACUGAAAUUGUUGUAAAAGCAUGUGAAGCUAUUCUACUGAUAAUACAACAUGAAAAUGUUUAUGACAUAUUUAAAGACUUCGCAGGAUUUUGGAGAAAAAUUACCAGCGAAUCUCAGUUGCGAUGGCUUGGGCCGGAAAAAGGAGUAACCCAUUUAGCAACAGCUGCAGUGAUAAAUGCUUUAUGGGAUUUAUGGGCUCGAAUCAAAGGUGUUCCUGUAUGGAAAUUACUCACAGAUAUGUCUCCUGAAGAAUUAGUUUCUACUAUUGAUUUUCGUUAUAUUACAGAUGUUAUAACUCCAGAAGAAGCAAUAGCAAUAUUAAAAGAGAAACAAUCAGGUAAAGCGGAACGUGAAAAAUAUUUAUUAAAGAAUGGAUUACCUGCUUAUACAACUCAGGUUGGCUGGUUAGGCUAUAAUGAUGAAAAAGUUCGUCAUCUCUGUAAAAAAUACCUUAGUCUUGGUUAUACUCAUUUUAAAGCGAAAGUUGGUCGAAAUUUGAGCGAUGAUAUCCGAAGGUGUAAUCUAAUUCGUCAGGAAAUUGGAUCCGAACGUAAAUUGAUGGUAGAUGCCAAUCAAAUCUGGAAUGUUGAGGAAGCUAUUGAGUGGAUGAAACAAUUAAAAGACUUCAAACCUUAUUGGAUUGAAGAGCCAACUUCACCUGAUGAUGUUCUUGGUCAUGCCAAAAUAGCAGAGGCACUUCGUCCUUUAGGUAUUGGAGUAGCUACAGGCGAAGCAUGUGCAAAUCGAGUUAUUUUCAAACAAUUUCUUCAAACAAAAGCUAUAGACUUUUGUCAAAUUGAUUCAGCUCGUAUAGGUGGAGUCAAUGAAAUUCUUUCAGUAUAUUUAAUGGCUUUCAAAUUAGGAGUUCCUGUAUGUCCUCAUGCUGGAGGAGUUGGCCUUUGCGAAAUGGUUCAACAUUUGCAAAUGUGGGAUUACAUUUGUUUAAGUGGAACAAUAGAAAAACGUAUAAUCGAAUAUGUAGAUCAACAACAUGAACACUUUGAAACUCCUACUAUUAUUAAAAAUGCACAAUAUAUAGCGCCUAAAGAUCCAGGAUAUUCUACAAAGUUAAAGGAAGAGAGUAUUAUAAAUUAUGAAUAUCCUGGUGGAAAAGAAUGGCAACGGAUGUUCAAUGAAGGAAUUUACAAGAAACCCAAAAUCUAAAUAAACUGUAUUAUUUACACUUACUUUGGUUAGCCGUUUUCAUUCAGUAUAUAAUUUAAAACGAAUGACAUGGCUUCAAUUCUUUUAUUAAAUUCAUAGAAUAUUUUCUCAAUUGUAAAUUUCAUCACGAAAAAAUGCUGAAUGACAUUACAUAAAUAUAUAUAAAAAAUUUUUAUGAUUAGCAAUAUAAUGUGAAACUUUAGUCAUUUAUCAUUCUUUAAGAGAUUUGAAUCGUGACUUGACAUAAUCAGUCUGAAAAAAUAAAAUUGUUUUCAAUGAUUAUUGUGAUAUAAUUCAUACACGUAAUUGAUUUAUAUUAAAGUUAAAUGAAAUUUUUAUAAACUUACACCAACAAACCAAUAAGAAUUUGGUUUGAACAUUUGUUUUUUGAUAAAACUCAUAUUCUCUAUUGGAUAGAUUACGUGUAAAUGCAGAUGAUUGACAGUAUUAAAAGGAGGCCAGUGAAAUCCAGUUCUAGUAGACGAUAAAUUAAGUCCUUGUUGUGCUACGACGACCUCCACUGUCUCGACCAUCUUAUCAUCUAAUAGAAAAAAAUAUUUUCUAUGAUGCUUGUAUGACAGUAGAAUGAUAAUGCGAUAAAAGUCACUGAAGUUUUAAAAAAAAUACUUACAAAGUGGUUCAUCUUCCAGUUUCAAUUCUUUUGCAUUUAUAAUAUGUUUUUUUGGAAUAAUUAAAUAAUGAUGGUCUGAUGCA